AUGGGCCCGGCACGACUUGCUACGGAGCGGCGGCCAUACUCCCUGGUGCUCUUCGACGAGGCGGCCCUCUGCGACUCUGAGGUGGAGAAGGCCCACCCGGAUGUCUUCAACAUCCUUCUGCAGCUCCUUGAUGACGGCAGGCUGACGGACUCCAGAGGCCGUGUCGUCUCCUUUGCCAACACCCUCGUUGUGAUGACCUCCAACCUCGGAAGCCGCUCUGUGCAGAAGUCCGCAGCAGGUGGCCUGGGUCUGGGCUUCGGCGUGGGGGAGGAUGUGGAGGAGGACACGUACAGCAAGGUCAAGGAGCUCGUCCACGAGGAGAUGAAGAGCUUCUUCAGACCGGAGUUCUUGAACAGGCUCGAUGAGGUCAUCGUCUUCCGACCUCUGAAAGAAGAUGAUGUCAGGGCCAUCGCAGAGGUGGAGUUCAAGAAGGUGAUGGCCAGGCUUGCCGACAAGGACCUGGAAGUCACACUCUCCCCGAGCUUCAAGGAGCAAGUGCUGAAGGAAGGCUACGACCCGGCCUACGGGGCGAGGCCGCUGCGCCGGGCCAUCACCCGCAUGCUCGAGGACACGCUGGCCGAGCAUCUCCUGCAAAAUGCAGCCGAGUCUCGGAAGGACAAGCGUGCUGUGCGGCUGAGCGCGUCGGAGACGGGUGAGGUGCAGGUCGAAGUUCUGAGCCGGCUCUCCGACAGCUCCGACAAGUCUGAGAACAAAGUCCUGGAAGAAGCGACGGCGAGCAGCUGA